GGAGGCGGAAGCUCAUUUACUUCGGACUGUGACAGGAAAACACGAAGAAGACACCGAACCGGAAGAGACGUGGCACAAAAACAGUGAAGAAGCGGAGCAGCGAAGUUGAAGAAAGUCCAUCUGCUUCGGACAAAGAAACACAAAUGAGAGCGGAACUUCAUCUACAGAAGCAGAGGAAGGCUUUGUGAAAGAACAGGUGGACAUGGGUCUGUGCAAGUGUCCGAAGAGGAAGGUGACCAACUUAUUCUGCUUUGAACAUCGCGUCAAUGUGUGCGAACACUCUGUCUCCAACCACAACAAGUGCAUCGUCCAGUCGUACUUACAGUGGCUUCAGGACAGCGACUACAAUCCAAACUGUGCCCUCUGUGAUCAUCCACUGAAUGCACAAGACACCGUCAGACUGGUCUGUUACGAUGUCUUCCACUGGUCCUGUCUUAAUGACCUGUCCUCGCGGCUGCCCGUCCACACGGCGCCGGCCGGAUACCAGUGUCCCAGCUGUCAGGGCCCGCUGUUCCCGCCCCCCAACUUGGCCAGUCCAAUCGCAGACGUCCUCCGAGAGCAGCUGUCGUCGGUGAACUGGGCCAGAGCCGGGCUAGGGCUGCCCCUGAUGGAAGAACCAAUGGGGGUCCCGGAGGAGGUGGGGCCUGCUGAUGUCACCGACUACAACGACUGGUCCAUGUUCGAUGCCAGAGAAUCACCUGAACUGUACCCAGGCCACGCCUACAGCCCAGGCCACGCCUACAGCCCUGGCCUCGGCCAAUCGGCCGAUUCCAUCUCAGCUCCGGCACAGGAUGACGUGGGCGGUGUCGGUCCAAAUGGAGCCUCAGAUCUGCAGGAUCACACCGUCGUCAACUUCACCACACCCAACACCAGUGACACCCUCACCAUACACACAGGUAACCAUGCUUCAUCGCCAAGAAAAGUCUACGACACCCGUGACGCCGCUCGCAGCUCGGCCACGCACAUCGACUUUGACGAUGACAAAUACCGGCGCCGCCCAGCGCUCGGCUGGUUCGCCCAGAUCCUCAAGAACCGGACCGGGCCCAAACGGGCGUCUCUGUCCUGGAAGCAGCGGGUCUUCAUGCUCCUCCUGGUCGGAGUUCUGGGAUUCUUUACGUUGAUCAUCAUUAUGGCGAAACUGGGACGAGCCUCUGCUGGUUCUGACCCAAACUUAGACCCUCUCCUCAACCCCAACAUCCGCGUUGGCAAAUACUGAUGUUCCAUAGCGCCGGGCUGUAACUGGACUGUGGACCCUGUAGAUCUGGGCCCAGCAGACCCCUGUGGACCCUUUGGCCCCCUGUGGACCCGGGCCCAUCAGACCCCUGUGGACCCCUGUGGACCUGGGCCCACCAGACCCCUGUAGACCCUGUGGACCCAGGCCCAGCAGACCCCUGUGGACCUGGGCCCAGUGGACCCAUGUGGACCCGGGCCCAGUAGACCCCUGUCGACCUGGGCCCAGCGGACCCCUGUGGAUCCUGUGGACCCAGGCCCAGCAGGGGACGCCAUUCCUUCACCUCCACUCAACACAGAGCUGGUCACCAUGGAAACCUGCGUGGUACUAGAGUCCAUUAAACAGCACCGAUGGGCCUGGGCCCGGUUCACACCAGAAACACCAAGAAUCAGGAGACCCGACUGGAGAAGCCAGAACCGAGUCCAGUACCUGAGUCUGGGUCCGGUUCAGGAGACAGUGACUGGACCUUUGUCAUGUAUUCCAUCUGAAAUGGAGUCAAAAUAAACCCUGUGGACGUGGAAGAACAUCUGUAUGUACUGAGCAUGUGCAGGAAGGACAUCUGUAUGUACUGAGCAUGUGCAGUAACCUUUGCACAUUUAUAUCCUGAUGACAUGUAGAGGAGAAGGACCCCCCCCCCCCCCCAGCAGAUUCACUCAUACACUGAUUAUUUAUGGGCGUGUUCACAUGUUCUGUUUGUCUGUUUUCCUCAUGUUUGACUGGACAUUAAACAGCAAAACGAAGCAGUGUGCCUUGA